UUAACAGGUGCCAUGGUGGUUUGCUGCCCCACUUUUGUGUCCCUGUCUAAAAAUAAGUCAUAGAACCGUGUGGCCAUCUUUUCAUAUUUCUUUGUCCAAAGUAGUGUUUUUUUCCCCCAAUCUCUCAUAGUAAUUCAGUCAUUAUUUGAAAGAAGAAUAGGAACAACUACUGUUUAUUCUAGACCACUUAGAACCAAAACCCAACUUCUAGAUUCACAUUGAGAAAAUGGGUAAUUCGGUAGAUUUGUAUUAUGUUACAGACAGAAACUAGCAGAAGGGACUGUGUCUCGUCUAGUCAGUCACAUCUGCUAUUAAGCCUGCAGACUCUCUUUGUGCGUGGGAAUUUUAUUUAUGUUAAGGAAGAAAUAGUUUGUUGUACUUUAAUCAACACUGUCAAGACAAUAAAGCUAUCACAUAUCUCCACGUGUUCAGAAGUUUUUCAUCAACCCAGGCUCCAAAAUAACAUGUUGCUCUUUCUUCUUCAGAAACAUGGAAUCUGGGUUCUUGAAAGCCUUCCAGAGGACAGUCACCUGCCCUAUCUGCAUGAACUGCUUCAUAGACCCAGUCACCCUAGACUGUGGGCACAGCUUUUGCAGGCCCUGUUUCUGUCUCAGCUGGCAAGACAUCCAAGUUCUAGCUCAGUGCUCUAAGUGCAGAAAGACAACACAGCGGAGAAACCUCAAAACUAACAUUAAUUUGAAGAACCUAGCUUCCCUUGCCAGAAAAGUCAGUCUCUGGCAAUUCCUGAGAUCUGAGGAGCAAAUGUGUGAGAUUCACAGGCAGACAAAGAAGAUGUUCUGUGAAGUGGACAAGAGCCUGCUCUGUUUGCUGUGCUCCAACUCUCAGGAGCACCGGGAUCACAUACACUGUUCCAUUGAAUGGGCUGCUGAGGAACACCGGGAAAAGCUUUUAAAGAAAAUGCAGUCUUUAUGGGAAAAAGCUUGUGAAAAUCAUGGAAACCUGAACAUGGAAACCACCAGAGCCAGAUGCUGGAAGGUUAGUAGCAUAUAAACUCUACCUUCUCUAGGAA